AUGGUCUGGACAUCUCUUCUCCUUGUGUUUCUCUCCCACUGCACAGGUUCCUUCUCCCAGUCUGUGCUGACUCAGCCACCCUCCCUCUCUGCAUCCCUGGAAGCAUCAGCCAGACUCACCUGCACCCUGAGCAGUGGCAUCGGUGUUGAUGGGAAAACUGUACACUGGUACCAGCAGAAGUCAGGGAGCAAUCCCCGGUAUCUCCUGAGCUACUACUCAGACUCAGUUAAGCAGCAGGGCUCUGGAGUCCCCGGCCGCUUCUCUGGAUCCAAAGAUGCCUCAACUAACUCAGGGAUUCUGCACAUCUCUGGGCUGCAGCCUGAGGAUGAGGCUGACUAUUAUUGUAAGAUAUGGCAUGACAGCGCUAAUGCUUACACAGCGCUCCAGACCCACAGGGAAGUGAGAGAAAAACCCUCCUCCACUCUCCCAGCCUGGUACCUUCACCCUGCUGGUGGCUCUGAUGAAGCCGAGGACAGGAGGUGA